CCUCACUCCCAGCAGGCUCGGCGGCCGCCCUUCCCAAGAUGGCGGAGAGGCGAAGGAGCCGCGAAGUUUCUCGAAGCUCCGAAGCGGAGAGCAAAGGGGUGAACGCCUUCGCCAACGACGGCAGCUUCAUGGCGCUCUUCAAGAAGAUGGAGGAGGAGAAGGCGGCGCAGCGGGAGUCGGGCGGCGGCGGCGGCGGCGGAGAAGGAGGAGGAGGAGGAGAAGGCGGGGACGUGGAGCGUGGAGGGCGGCCGAGACCGGUGGUGGCGGCAGCGGCGGCGGCGGGCCCGGGGGCCGAGGCCGAGGCCGGCAGGAGGCCCGUGCCGAACACUGUGGGAAAGCGGCGAGGUGGGGCAAAGUUAGCCCUCAAGACGGGAAUGGUAGCCAAGAAACACAAGGCCGAUGAGGAGGCAGAGGCACGAGGAGGAGAUGCUUGGGCCAAAUACAUGGCAGAGGUGAAGAAAUACAAAGCACAUCAGUGCAGCGAUGAUGACAAAACCCGGCCUCUUGUUAAAUAGCCUCAGUUGCAAGCCCAUGCAAACAAGAACUGUAUUAUAUUUUACACCGUUAAGAUCAAGUCCUCAACCCAUUGCCCUGACUGCACAGAGAUUUUUUGAUGGCCUGAAAUGUAUUUAUUUGAAUUUGUGGUAUGAAACCGACACCUGCAAAACAUCCAAUGCAUUGUUUAAGUUCCGGCAUUGAGAACCUGUCCAUUUUCAAAGUGAUUAUUAAUGUACAGUUUCCCUCUCAUUCCUAUCCCAAAUAUUGUUUUCACCGUAGAACAUAGUUUUCAGACUCUUUUAAUCUUUAUUUUUUAUAAUAUGCACAAUAUAGCUCCAAUUGUCAGUAAACUGUAAACUCCACGCAUAUUUGCUCUUUUGUGCCUCCAGUUAUUAGCUACAGUACGGUGGUCAAUUUAUUUUGAACAAUGUACAUAAUCUUGUAUACUCUGCAGCCUCCCGCUGGCAAGUGGAUUUGCCAGGUUGCCGUGAACACAUCCUGGGACCGGCCAGUUUGGAAAUGGCUGGUCCGAUGCUUCCUGCCUUGCUCUGAAGAGCCCAGUGCCAAGUGGUGCUGCCAGCGCCUUCUGCUAUCUCCAUGAAGCGCCAUGGGUAAGAGGCAGCAAGGCUCGUUCCUUGUAGUCUGUUGUUUACACCACUAGGAGGCCUGGUGGUUCCACUCUGGGAAUGUGGUAUACCCAGGGGACAGAAUAUGACUGCCAGUCCCCUGACGGGACUUUCCAGUGGAUCAAUCUGGGUUCAUGAAUGGACGUCCCAGUGUAGUUAAGGCGGACCGUGCAGUGUGAACAGGGAUUGGAGUGGGGUUAGCAAAGGUUUCUCAAGUCCACAAACUACCUCAGAUGUAUUUAGCAGAACAUUUUCACGUCGCUGUGAAUAUAAUUUUCACCCUGCUAGCUUUCACCUUCCAUUGUGCGAGUACAAGACUUUGCCUUGUUUGAUGCCUGAAUUUUCUUUCCCAUAACAAACCGCUAAGCCUGUUACAUUGUCAUGUUCACUGUCUCUGCCGGAUGAUCCUGGAGUGUCCGUUCGGUCAAAAUAAAAUCAAAUGGUGAAAAAAA